AUGGCACAGAGCUUACGAUUGCACUUUGCAGCCAGAAGAAGCAAUACUUAUCCUUUGUCAGAAACCUCCGGAGAUGAUUUGGAUAGCAGCAUUCACAUGUGCUUCACGAGACCAACCCGGAUUUCAACAGCAAACGUGGUUCAAAUGAAGCUGACUCCCAAACAGACUGCACUAGCUCCGUUAAUAAAGGAAAACCUUAAGUCUCGGGAAAGAUCAUCUUUUCCUUCACCUGAAAAUGUUCAUAAAAAGAGCAGCUGUCUGCAGAUAUCAUUACAACCAACAAGGUACAGUGGAUGUCUUCAGCCUGGCAGUGUCUUAGCUGAUGGUGAUGAUGCUUCGUUUACUUGUGUCUUAAAGGCUGGCAGUGCUGUGGUUGAUAGUGAACUGAAUGCCAUGGGUGGUGGUGACCUCUUGAGCGGUCCUGCCCUUUGCAGUGGUAGCCUUAGUAACUUUUCAGCCAGUGAGAAUGGGUCUUGCAGCAGCAAUGGUAGUGAUUAUGGGUCCUGCACAAGUAUCACCAGUGGAGGUUCAUGCACCAACAGUAUCCUCAGUGACAGCAGUGGUUAUACUUUUCCACCAACUGAUGAUACCUUUCUUGGUGGGGAUUUAUCUUCUGACAGCGCCUCCAAUAGAAGUGUGCCAAACAGGAAUACUACUCCAUGUGAAAUUUUUUCAAGAAGCACAAGCACAGUUCCCUUUGUCCAGGAUGACUUGGAUCAUGGACUAGAGAUUAUGAAAUUGCCAGUGAGCAGGAACUCGAAAAUUCCACUAAAGCGUUGUUCAUCCUUAGUCAUUUUUCCUAGGAGUCCUUCAAAUACCCCACCAACUUCUCCAACAAGUACAGGUACUCUUCUAAGCAAAGGAUCCUAUCAGACCUCACACCAGUUUAUUAUUUCUCCUAGUGAAAUUGCCCACAGUGAAGAUGGCACUAGUGCUAAGGGAUUUCUUUCAACAGCUGUCAAUGGACUUCGGUUAUCCAAGACAGUCUGUACUCCCGGAGAAGUAAGAGACGUACGACCUCUUCACAGGAAGGGCUCAUUACAGAAGAAAAUCAUUAUUGCAAAUAAUAGUCCAAAUCAGACUGUCUGUGAAAAGCCAUCUGAAGGAUAUUCUUGUGUUUCACUGCAUUUUACCCAGCAGAAAGCAACUGCAUUAGACUGUGAAGCAGCAAAUGGUGAUUGUAAACCAGAGAUGUCAGAAACUGAGCUUAAUUCUGAUCCAGAGUUUAUUAAGCUUAUGCAUAGGACAUCUGCAUGUUCACCAUCCUCCCAAAAUGUAGAUUAUCAAAUAAGUAUCAAUGGACAGUUGGAAAGACCAAAUUUACAGAUAAACAAAAACCAUGCUCUUUUACAGAGAAGUAUUUCAUUGGGGGGAACUUAUCCAAAUGCUUCCUGUUUAUCUAGCCUUAAGCACAAUUGUUCUAAGGGGGGACCAUCUCAAUUACUCAUAAAGUUUGCAUCUGGAAAUGAAGGUAAAGUUGAUAAUUUAACAAGGGACAGCAACCGAGAUUUCACAAACGAACUACCUAAUUCUUUAAAGCAUUCUUGUAAGACAAGAGAUGAUUUCCUAGGUCAAGUGGAUGUUCCUCUUUAUCCAUUACCGACAGAAAAUCCAAGAAUGGAGAGACCAUAUACAUUUAAGGAUUUUGUUCUUCAUCCAAGAAGUCACAAAUCAAGAGUUAAAGGUUAUCUGAGAUUAAAAAUGACUUACUUACCUAAAACCAGUGGCUCAGAAGACGAUAACACAGAACAGGCUGAGGAAUUAGAGCCUGGCUGGGUAGUUUUGGACCAACCAGAUGCUGCUUGCCAUUUGCAGCAGCAACAGGAACCUUCUCCUCUACCUCCAGGAUGGGAAGAGAGACAAGAUAUCCUUGGAAGGACCUACUAUGUAAACCAUGAAUCUAGAAGAACACAGUGGAAAAGACCAACCCCUCAGGACAACCUAACAGAUGCUGAGAAUGGUAACAUUCAACUGCAAGCCCAGCGUGCAUUUACCACCAGGAGACAGAUAUCUGAGGAAACAGAAAGUGUUGACAACCGAGAAUCUUCUGAGAACUGGGAAAUUAUAAGAGAAGAUGAAGCCACCAUGUACGGCCAUCAAGCCUUCCCUUCAUCUCCACCAUCAAAUAACUUGGAUGCCCAGACUCAUCUUGCAGAAGAAUUGAAUGCCAGACUCACUGUUGGUGGAAAUUCAGCCAGUGGCCAGCCAGUAUCCAACUCAAAUCAUUCCAGCAGAAGAGGCAGCUUACAAGCCUAUACUUUUGAGGAACAGCCUACACUUCCUGUGCUUUUGCCUACUUCAUCUGGAUUACCACCAGGUUGGGAAGAAAAACAAGAUGAAAGAGGAAGAUCGUACUAUGUGGAUCACAAUUGCAGAACUACUACCUGGAUAAAGCCCACUGUACAGGCCACAGUGGAGACCGGUCAGCUGCUGUCAAGCCAGGGUUCUUCUGCAGGCCCUCAGCCACAGGCCCCCACGAGUGAUGCAGCACAACAGGUGACCCAACCAUCUGAAAUGGAGCAAGGAUUCCUUCCCAAAGGCUGGGAGGUCCGGCACGCACCAAACGGGAGGCCUUUCUUCAUUGACCACAACACCAAAACCACCACCUGGGAAGAUCCAAGACUGAAAAUUCCAGCUCAUCUGAGAGGAAAGACAUCACUUGAUUCUUCCAGUGACUUGGGGCCUUUACCUCCAGGAUGGGAAGAAAGAACUCACACUGAUGGAAGAAUCUUUUACAUAAAUCACAAUAGUAAAAAAACACAAUGGGAAGACCCUCGUUUGCAGCAUGUAGCAAUAACUGGACCAGCAGUGCCCUACUCCAGGGAUUACAAAAGAAAGUAUGAGUUCUUCCGAAGAAAGUUGAAGAAGCAGAAUGACAUUCCAAACAAAUUUGAAAUGAAACUUCGCCGUGCAACUGUUCUCGAGGACUCUUACAGGAGGAUUAUGGGGGUCAAGAGAGCAGACUUCCUCAAGGCUAGACUGUGGAUUGAGUUUGAUGGUGAAAAGGGACUAGAUUAUGGAGGAGUUGCCAGAGAAUGGUUCUUUCUGAUUUCGAAGGAGAUGUUUAACCCUUAUUAUGGGCUGUUUGAAUAUUCUGCUACGGAUAAUUAUACCCUACAGAUAAAUCCCAACUCUGGACUGUGUAAUGAAGAUCACCUCUCUUACUUCAAGUUUAUUGGUCGGGUAGCUGGGAUGGCAGUGUAUCAUGGCAAACUGUUGGAUGGUUUUUUCAUCCGCCCAUUUUACAAGAUGAUGCUGCACAAGCCAAUAACACUUCAUGAUAUGGAAUCAGUGGAUAGUGAGUAUUACAAUUCAUUAAGAUGGAUUCUUGAAAAUGAUCCAACAGAAUUGGACCUCAGGUUUGUCAUAGAUGAAGAACUUUUUGGACAGACACAUCAACAUGAGUUGAAAAAUGGUGGAUCAGAAAUAGUUGUCACCAAUAAGAACAAAAAGGAAUAUAUUUAUCUUGUAAUACAAUGGCGAUUUGUAAACCGAAUCCAGAAGCAAAUGGCUGCUUUUAAAGAGGGAUUUUUUGAACUGAUACCACAGGAUCUCAUCAAAAUUUUUGAUGAAAAUGAACUAGAGCUUCUGAUGUGUGGCUUGGGAGAUGUGGAUGUGAAUGACUGGAGAGAGCACGCAAAGUACAAAAAUGGCUACAGCAUAAAUCACCAAGUCAUCCAAUGGUUUUGGAAGGCAGUUUUAAUGAUGGACUCAGAAAAAAGAAUACGAUUACUUCAGUUUGUCACUGGCACAUCCCGUGUGCCUAUGAAUGGAUUUGCUGAACUGUAUGGCUCAAACGGACCACAGUCAUUUACAGUUGAGCAGUGGGGCACGCCUGAGAAGCUGCCAAGAGCUCAUACCUGCUUUAAUCGCCUGGACUUGCCACCCUAUGAGUCAUUUGAAGAAUUGUGGGAUAAACUUCAGAUGGCCAUUGAGAACACUCAGGGUUUUGAUGGCGUUGAUUAG